AUGGCAUUGAAAGAGAUUUCAAAAAACAAGUGCUUUAACGGUCAUGUCGUUAAAUACGAACAUGUUUCUCAAGAACUUCAAUGUACCAUCAAGUUCAACGUCUUUUUACCUGCCGAAGCUUUGUCUUGUUCCGCACCACAAAAAGUGCCUGCCAUUUACUUUUUGUCAGGGUUGACGUGUACAGAAGACAAUUUUACUCAAAAGAGUGGUGCUAUGGCAGAAGCAGCCAAGCACGGUAUUGCCUUGAUUAUGCCUGACACUUCGCCACGUGGUGUUCCUAUUGAAGGGGAUGAGGACAGUUGGGAUUUCGGUACAGGAGCAGGAUUUUACUUGGAUGCGACCCAUCCCAAAUGGGCCAAACACUAUCGCAUGUAUUCUUAUGUAGUGAAGGAAUUACCAGCUUUGAUUUAUAAAGAACUUCCUAUCGAUGAAACACGCGUGUCCAUCAUGGGACAUUCCAUGGGGGGUCAUGGCGCUUUGACUAUUUAUUUAAAGAAUCCGGAAAAGUACCGAUCCGUCUCUGCAUUGUCACCGAUUGCGCAUCCUACGCAAUGUCCUUGGGGUCAAAAGGCGUUUUCCAAUUAUUUAGAUGCGAAUGACAAGGAAGCUUGGAAAGAAUACGAUACAGUAGAGUUGCUAAAGAAAAAGCCAACCCAGCUGCAGCAGCAGAAUGUCCUUAUUGAUGUAGGCACAGCCGAUGGGUUUUUAGAAAAGGAAUUGCUGAUUGACCAUUUGGAGCGCGUCACCAAGGAAUUGAAUGUGGAAAAGCAAUGGAAGAUUCGUUAUCAAGAAGGUUAUGACCAUAGUUACUUUUUCAUUGCUACUUUUAUAGCAGACCAUAUUCAACAUCAUGCAGCUGCAUUAAAAUAA